GGAAAUUCCUAAACAAAAAUAAUGAAAAUGUUCUGGUGUGUAUAAAGCAAUCAGUAGAAUACAUUUUUUUUCACUCGUCUUAAAAGCAGUGUGCUAUAAACCCUGCCCAAGCCACUGCUGUAUUUUUUCUGUAGUUUAUUUAUUUUACUCACACACUCACACACUGCUCCUCUUCCUCCUUCGAUCUCUCUGUGGGUCCAUUUACAGAGACUAGAUGGAUCAGGUAUAACAAUAUUGGUGUCUUAGUUAUGAUUUAUUCAGUAAGUGUCCUUGUUGUAAUGUUGUGAUUUUGGGGAAAUAUAUUGCAGUAUGAAAAGGUUGAGAAGAUUGGUGAAGGAACAUAUGGAGUGGUGUACAAGGCACGUGAUAAGGUGACGAAUGAAACUAUUGCAUUGAAGAAGAUCCGUCUAGAGCAGGAAGAUGAAGGUGUUCCAAGCACUGCUAUUAGAGAGAUUUCUCUGUUGAAAGAAAUGCAGCAUGGGAAUAUUGUUAGGUUGCAGGAUGUGGUGCACAGCGAGAAGCGAUUAUAUCUUGUAUUUGAGUACCUGGACCUGGAUCUGAAGAAGCAUAUGGAUUCCUGUCCAGAGUUCUCGAAGGACCCACGCCUUGUGAAAACGUUUCUGUAUCAAAUCCUUCGUGGUAUCGCAUACUGUCAUUCUCAUCGAGUUCUUCAUAGAGAUUUGAAACCCCAGAACUUACUGAUUGAUCGGCGUACCAAUGCUCUGAAGCUUGCGGAUUUUGGAUUGGCCAGAGCAUUUGGCAUUCCUGUCAGGACAUUUACCCAUGAGGUUGUGACACUGUGGUAUAGAGCACCUGAAAUACUUCUUGGCUGCCGGCACUAUUCUACUCCAGUCGAUAUUUGGUCAGUCGGGUGCAUAUUUGCUGAGAUGGUAAACCAGCGGCCUCUAUUUCCCGGUGACUCUGAAAUAGAUGAACUUUUCAAAAUAUUCAGAGUCAUGGGUACUCCAAACGAAAAUACCUGGCCUGGAGUGACCUCUCUGCCUGACUUCAAGUCUGCAUUCCCCAAGUGGCCUCCCAAGGAUCUGGCGACUGUGGUGCCCAACCUUGAUGCAGCUGGUCUUGAUCUCCUUUCAGUAAGUUAUCUUUACACAACUACUUUUAUGCUGGAGUUUUGUACUUGAUAAUCUAAAUGAUGCUUCGGCGUGCUUGCUCAAAGCUGCAGCUUGUCUAUCUGUAUUGCCAAGAAUGUUGAUUGGGGCCCCAAAGAAAACCUCCUUUUGUCUUUGUGAAUGUAUGUUAAUAUCACGUGCAGGUGUUUGACUAUUGCCUGAUAAAGGCAGCCAGUAUUAAGGUUCUAUGUAACUCUGUUCUUAACUGAAAUUUUCUACAAUUUUUCAAAAUGAAGUGUCUUGUCAUGUUUUGCAUGCUCUUAUCAGGUUUAAUAGGUUAAUAUACUCUCAUCAGGUUUAAUUGGUUAAAGUAACUUGCCCCAAUGAAGGUUACUUACUCAUGAGUUGGAUCUUUCAUCUGUGCCUUUUACUUCCUCGUCAUUGUUGAUUCUAUAUACUUGUUUAAACUUUGAAGUUGCUGUAUAUAUUUUCGGCCUCUUUUUCUCUUACUGCCCGUCUAUCCCUCCUGCCCGUCUAUCCCUCGUCAUCUGUGCCUUUUGUUGGUACUCACAAAACUUCUACAUUGUUGUUACCAGAAAAACUGUAGUAGACUUAUGACGUUCUUGUUACUGAUUCACUGAUUAUUUCGGUAUGUCAGAAAAUGCUUUGCAUGGAUCCCAGCAAAAGAAUCAUCGCCAGAAACGCACUGGAGCAUGAAUAUUUCAAAGAUAUUGGUUUCGUGCCCUAAUUUUUUGUGUGUCCUCCGGCUGGUUGCAAGUGUAUAUUAUGCGUGAUCCCAUGAGAUAUACUCCAUCAAGAUAUGUGUGCUCUUAGGUGAUUAUUUAUUUUCCUUUUCAAUUUUUGUUUUUCUUUUGGGGGGUGGAUUUGAUUUCCUUCAAAGCAAUGUGUCUCUACUGCAGUGGCUUUUGUCCGGGAAUUCAAAUUUCCUGUUUUCUUUGAAAAAUGUUGAGUUACAUUUAUAGUUCUUAAAGUUAUUCAUUUGGUGUCUGUUUGUGUUGAUUUCUGGUUAGUAUAUACUUCCAAGCUUGUACCUGUUUGAGAGAGAUACACUGGCAUUUCAAUUAGUAGUUAUCUUUUUUGUGUAUAUGCAAACUCCCCCCCUCUCCCCCUAAUUUUCUGAAAAACGAAUUAAAUUCGACGGCAAAUGGAUCAUCCCUCCAUGAUCCAUCUCUACUGGAGCGUCAAAUGGUUUUAAUGUCUCGGUCUGUCGGAAGAGGCUAAAGUCAUGAAAGCGGCAUGAAAAUUUUUUACGUGAAAUUCGGUUGCCUUGUAUUUGUUGUAUGCUUAAAUUUUGCACCAAGCAUUUCAGUUGGGGAAGUG